CGUCAGUGGCCUCUGCGCUGCUCCUUCCUUUCCCUAGGGCGCUGGGGGGUAGAAAGAGAGACUCAGCACCUGGCUCGGCCCCCUUUCCGCGCCGCCCCGCGGGAGGGGAGGACGUGCUACGCGCCAACUCCCCCGCCCUGCCAUCACAGGGACACAGACAACUCCUCUAGUGCCUUCCCCAGCCGCUUCCCCCGCGCUCAGGGAGAGACACCCCCUGUAACCCUAGGCUCCCUCCCCACACUUAGUGCACCGUGAGGCGUGUCUCUGCGCCGCCAGGCUCCCCUCGCCUGCUGGGGUAUGAAGACCACCAGCCCCCAAGAGUCUUGCAGCUUCCACCCCCACUCUCCCCCUUGCAUGGCACGUGUGUGAACGGACCCCCCACCCCCAGAGGCCGGGGAGGUGCCUGCUCCAGGAGUGAGAAGGCUGCAGCUCAUCACGCUGCACAGGUGGAGCGGGAAAUUUCCUCCUGCUGCUGUGUAGGCAAGAAGCUCCCACCUGCGUCUCACCGCUCCAGGGAUCUUCAUCAGUUUUUGCUUACUUGAAGAAUACAGUGAAACUGUUUGCCAGCAUUAUUAUCUGGAAUUAUAGGUUUAAUAUCCAACAUCAGUGUUACUAAUUUCUUAUUAAAUAGUACCUCACAGUAGUAGAAAAAUGUAUGGAAGUGCAAGAACAAUCAGUAAUUUGGAAGGCAGUCCUUCCAGGUCUCCUCGUUUGCCAAGAUCUCCUCGUCUGGGCCACAGGAGAACAAGCAGCGGGGGAGGUGGAGGAACAGGUAAGACACUAUCAAUGGAGAACAUCCAGUCCCUUAAUGCAGCCUAUGCAACAUCUGGACCGAUGUAUCUUAGUGACCAUGAAGGUGUAGCAUCUACUACUUUCCCAAAGGGCACAAUGACUCUUGGAAGGGCUACAAAUCGAGCUGUGUAUGGUGGUCGAGUCACAGCUAUGGGGAGUAGUCCAAAUAUUGCUUCAGCUGGACUUUCUCACACAGAUGUCCUUUCUUAUACUGAUCAGCAUGGAGGUCUGACCACAUCUUCACAUCAUCAUCAUCAUCAAGUUCCCUCUAUGCUGAGACAGGUAAGGGAUAGUACCAUGCUAGAUCUACAGGCUCAGCUCAAGGAACUACAAAGAGAGAAUGAUCUUCUGAGAAAAGAACUGGAUAUCAAGGACAGUAAGCUGGGAUCUUCCAUGAAUAGCAUCAAGACUUUCUGGAGUCCUGAGCUAAAAAAGGAAAGAGUCUUGAGGAAAGAAGAAGCUGCCAGAAUGUCAGUUCUUAAAGAGCAGAUGAGAGUUUCUCAUGAAGAAAACCAGCAUUUGCAACUGACCAUCCAGGCACUUCAAGAUGAGCUUCGAACUCAGAGAGACCUUAAUCAUCUUCUUCAACAAGAAAGUGGAAACCGAGGAACUGAGCAUUUUACUAUUGAGCUUACAGAGGAGAAUUUUCGAAGACUUCAGGCAGAACAUGAUAGACAGGCUAAAGAGCUCUUUCUCUUGAGAAAAACUCUAGAAGAAAUGGAGUUGAGAAUUGAAACACAAAAGCAAACACUAAAUGCCAGAGAUGAAUCAAUAAAAAAGCUUCUAGAAAUGUUGCAAAGUAAAGGUUUGCCAUCCAAAGGAAUGGAAGAUGACCACGAAAGAGCUCGAAGGAUGGCCGAGGCUGAAUCUCAGGUUAAUCAUUUAGAAGUGAUUUUAGACCAGAAGGAGAAGGAAAACAUACAUCUUAGAGAGGAACUACACAGAAGAACCCAACUUCAGCCUGAACCAGCAAAGACAAAAGCUCUUCAGACAGUUAUAGAGAUGAAGAAACAACCAUCUUUAUAUAUUGAUCCAGCUUUGAUAUUUCAGGACACAAAAAUAGCUUCACUUGAACGCAAUAUAAGGGAUCUCGAAGAUGAAAUACAGAUGUUAAAGACAAACGGAGUUCUGAAUAUAGAGGACCGAGAAGAAGAGAUCAAACAAAUAGAAGUUUACAAGAGUCACUCAAAGUUCAUGAAAAAUAAGAUUGACCAAUUGAAACAGGAACUUUCAAAGAAAGAAUCAGAACUUCUCGCCUUACAAACUAAGCUUGAAACCCUUAGCAAUCAGAAUUCGGAUUGCAAGCAACACAUUGAAGUGCUUAAAGAGUCGCUUACUGCCAAAGAACAGAGAGCUGCCAUACUUCAGACAGAGGUUGAUGCCUUGAGAUUACGACUGGAAGAAAAAGAAACUUUUCUUAAUAAAAAAACAAAACAACUGCAAGACCUCACAGAAGAGAAGGGAACCUUGGCUGGAGAGAUUCGAGAUAUGAAAGACAUGUUAGAAGUAAAGGAAAGAAAAAUCAAUGUCCUUCAGAAAAAGUUACUCUGUGGUAACUCAGCAGCCAGUCCCUUCCCUCUGAAGGCCAUGUGGCUGCCUCAGUAUCCUGAACAGAUUGAAAAUCUACAGGAGCAACUUAGGGACAAAGAUAAACAGCUAAGCAAUUUAAAAGACAGAGUGAAAUCAUUGCAGACGGAUUCCAGUAACACGGACACAGCUCUAGCAACAUUAGAAGAAGCUCUGUCAGAGAAGGAGAGAAUAAUAGAGCGCUUGAAGGAGCAGAGGGAACGGGAUGACCGAGAAAGACUGGAAGAAAUAGAAUCCUUUAAAAAGGAAAACAAAGACUUGAAGGAGAAAGUUAAUGCUUUACAAGCUGAACUAACAGAGAAGGAGUCUAAUUUAAUUGACCUCAAAGAACAUGCAUCAUCAUUGGCAUCAACAGGGCUGAAAAGAGACUCCAAAUUAAAGUCUUUAGAAAUAGCCAUAGAACAAAAGAAAGAAGAAUGUAGUAAGUUGGAAGCACAGCUGAAAAAGGCUCAUGAAGCUGAAGAAGAAGCUCGGCUGAACCCAGAAUUUGCAGACAGAAUGAAACAGCUUGACAAAGAGGCAUCUUACUACAGAGAAGAAUGUGGCAAAGCUCAAGCUGAGGUUGACAGACUUCUAGAAAUCCUCAAGGAAGUUGAGAAUGAGAAGAAUGACAAAGAUAAGAAAAUUGCUGAGCUAGAAAGCUUGACUUCCAGACAUAUGAAAGAUCAAAACAAGAAAGUGGCCAAUCUGAAGCACAAUCAACAAAUGGAAAAAAAGAAGAAUGCUCAGUUGCUGGAAGAAGUUCGUAGGCGAGAAGACAAUAUGACAGACAACUCUCAGCACUUGCAGUUAGAAGAACUGAUGAAUGCACUGGAAAAGACCAGACAAGAAUUGGAUGCUACCAAAGCCCGUCUUGCCUCAACACAGCAGUCUCUGGCUGAGAAAGAAGCACAUCUGGCUAACCUCAGAAUAGAGCGGAGAAAACAGCUUGAAGAAAUAUUAGAAAUGAAAAAAAAAAUAUUUGUCCAGAUCACCAUCAGGCAGGAAGCACUGCUUGCUGCAAUCAGUGAAAAAGAUGCAAACAUUGCGUUGCUUGAACUGUCUGCUUCAAAGAAGAAGAAGACUCAAGAGGAAGUAAUGGCUCUUAAACGAGAGAAAGACAGAUUAGUGCAUCAGUUAAAACAGCAGGUCUAUAGAAAUAGGAAACAGCCCCUGAGCAUGAACAUAUCAUCCAUUUGUGAUGCUGACUUCAUCACAGACAUUGCUGCCAAGUACCUGGGUUCCAGCCAUGAUGCACAUAUGUCUCAGACACAGAACAGAAUGAAACUGAUGGCAGACAACUAUGAUGAUGACCAUCACCACUUCCACCACCACCACCACCACCACCAUCACCGGUCUCCUGGGAGGACCCAGCACUCAAAUCACCGACCCUCUCCAGAUCAGAUGAUCCAGUCACUGUUGGAGGCACAUAGCCAUGGCAAAUCUCACGCUGUACAUUGAUCACCUGUCCAACCUUUGCCUAGAGUGUGAUCCCCAGUUCCUUCAAGAGUUCCAUCUUUACCUGUCUAUAAAGAGGAGGAAGAGGAGAGAGACAUCUGGGAUAACCACACAUCAAAGAUUAACACCAGAGCAGACUCUUCUCACCACCUCAAAGAAAAGACCAAGAAUGGCUAUGAGGAGAACAGGAUGACAGGCUAAAUGAAAUCUGGAACUGAAUUUUGAUGAACACCACUGCUGCAGUUGUCAGAGGAGCUGGAGAAAGAGGAGGAAAAAAUGCAGCACUGCAGAAUUAAGCUGAUAAUCUAUUGCAGUGGAUCUCCAAACAUAACCAUGACAUCCUGGAGCAGAUCAUAGAAACA